AUGUGGCUUGUACGCACAAUAGCACUAAAUUUAACAAUAAUCACGUCUCAAAUAAACUUAACCAAACCAGCGAGUGUUUUACGAGUGUUACAUUCACGAGCUAGCUGCCGUUGUUUACUCUCUGUGGACGUUAUAGCACCACGAUACAUGUCAAGUAAACCGAAGAGACUCCGCACUGAAAACAUGCCCGCUAUUAAGAUCGGAACUCACAACGGGACCUUUCACUGCGAUGAAGUCCUCGCCUGUUUCUUCCUCCGUCAACUACCUGAGUACAAGGAUGCCGAGAUCGUUCGGACCAGGGACCCGAAACAGCUGGCGGAGUGUGACAUCGUUGUAGACGUGGGAGGAGAGUUUGACCCAAAGAGGCAUCGCUAUGACCAUCAUCAGAGGACCUUUGCAGAUAGCUUCCACAGCCUGUGCCCAGAGAAGCCAUGGGUGACCAAGCUCAGCUCAGCAGGCCUGAUCUACCUACACUUUGGUCGUCCGCUGCUGACCCAGCUGACGCAGCUGAAGGAGGGCGACAGGCAGCUGGAGAUGCUCUUUGACAAGCUGUAUGAGAACUUUGUGGAGGAGGUGGAUGCUGUAGACAAUGGCAUUUCACAGUGUGACGGGGAGGCUCGCUACGCCGUCUCCAGCGCACUGAGCGCGCGCGUCGGCCACCUGAACCCACGCUGGAACAGCAAGAGUCAAGACACUGAGGAGGGUUUCAGAAAGGCUAUGAAGAUGGUUGGAGAGGAGUUCCUGGACCGUCUGGAGUUCUUCCAGUCCUCCUGGCUGCCGGCUCGCGCGGUGGUGGAGGAAGCUGUUAAGGGGAGGCAUCAGAUCGAUCCCAGUGGGGAGGUGCUGGUGUUCUCCCAGGGUGGAUGUCCCUGGAAGGAGCAUCUGUUUACCCUGGAGAAGGAGCUCAAUGUGGAGACGCCCAUCAAGUUUAUCCUUUACUCCGACCAGAAUGGACAGUGGAGGGUCCAGUGCGUCCCUGCUGGGCUCAACACCUUCCAGAACAGGCUGUCCCUGCUAGAAGAGUGGCGCGGCGUUCGCGAUGAAGCACUGUCGAAGCUCAGUGGGAUCGAGGGCUGCGUCUUCGUCCACGCUGGAGGCUUUAUUGGCGGGAACAAGAACCAGGAAGGAGCCCUGGAGAUGGCCCGAAGGACCCUGCAGGCCGCCGCCCAGUCCCCUGCUAAUGGGAGCAGCUGAAGGGCGCAUUUUGUUCUCGGGGUUUAGUAAUUAGAGAGGAUAGCAAUUAAAAAUGUUUGUUUUAUAUCUUGAAGCUUGUUUGUCCCAGCCAGGGCCAAUGUUGUUUCGUUCCGCCUUGCCAGGAUUGGGACGGUAUGGAAAUGGAAGCCAAUUAAUCUUGGACCAGUUCCCUGAAUACCUAUAUUCCAACACGGGCUCGCUCAUAACGUUACUCUUCUUCUCUCCGUUCUUAUGAACGCGAGGCUGUCUUGUUGUUCAUUUGCAAUUAAAGACUAUUUGGAUUACAUUCUGAUCUUUGCAAACAUUUCAGUAUCGGGUUAAUCAAACAUUAAAACGAUUGUUUUUCCA